CGUGCUUUCAGUGAAUAACAAUGAUACUUCAGACCAGAGCAGAGUUUUCUGGAGCGACCGGCUCCGGGUCCUGUCACUCUGCCAGCAGACACCCAGCCGUCCGCACCGGCGCCGCCGGCCCAAACAUGGAGGAGGGAAAGUGUACCGGCUUCUUCAUCGGCCUGGCCGUCUUCCUGGACGUGGUCGGCCUCCUGCUGCUCCUCAUCGGCAUCUUCGCUCCGCUGCCCUACUGGGAUUUCUUCGUCCUGUCCGGGCCACUGCUCAUCUUCCUCAGCCUGGUUCUGUGGAUAUUCUGGUACCUGGGGAACCUCACCGUCUCUGAGGAGGAGCUCAACCUCCGAAAGCUGGACAUCCUGUGACCUCCCUGGCCUGGACGAGGGCAGAUCGGAUCGGGCCGGGUCGGAUCGGGUCGGGUCGGGUCGGAUCGGGUCGGGUCGGAUCGGGUCUGAGGCGUCAACAUGAGGAGAGAAUGGACGGAUCCACAUGAAGCAGCCUGGAAAUCAGGGUUGAUCUCUGGAGCCUGACUGAAGAGAUUAAACCUGAACUCUUGUUUCUGGACCAGGAACCAGAACCAGCGGCCCGUCCAACUGGACCUCUGUGAAACGGCUUCUACUGAGCUUUUAUCAGCUGGACGCUUUAAAGAACUGAGCCUGGUUGUGUUUCUGAUCCACAUGUUGUCAGUUUGGGUUUAAAUUUCAGCAAGUCUUUGCACAUUUGAAGGACAAUAAUCUGAAAUGAGCGACUAAAAGUGCUUUUAAAUGACUUGUGUGUGUUUUCUGUGUGACGCCGUUUCUCUGACCCAAACCAGCCGGACUGGAUCUGCUGGUCGCUUUGUUCAGCUAAUUUUAGCAGCAACAUCAAACCGCAGAAAGCGUUUCCAUCUACACUGCAAAACAACGUUUCACCAAGUGCUUUUACUGUAAAUGUCUUCAAACAUUUAAAAUGAGACAAAACUAACUUACAAGCUUUCAGCAAAAUAUAGAAGCUUGUUGUAAUGAUUACCUUAUUGAUUAAUUAAUUACUAAUUAAAUACUAAUUAAUUAAUAAGUUCUGGUUAUAAGUGAGAUAAUCUGCCGGUGGAGCGAAUCGUUCCUCCCAGGUUAUAAUUCAGAAUAAUGAAAUCAUCUUUGACUUGGUUAUUAUUUUAGGAAGGUGGCAAUGUUAUAAUUUAUAUUAUAUAAUAACUUAAAAUGUGUGAAAAAUGUUUGGUUUGUCUGGCAGAUUAUUAAAGGAAUUAAACAAGCCAAACAAG